AUGCCGACUUGGCUUCAAGUUGGGAUGUUGGAUGUUGUCGAGGAGAUGCAAGAGCUGGAGGUGACGGAGGAGGAUCAGCGACUGGACGGGAAGCCACCAAUCGCAGCGCGGGCGGGAAGCCGCACACCAGACAGCUGUGGAUGUGUGUCUGUGUCUGUGUCUGUGUCUGUGUCUAUGGCAAGGAACGAGGGACUGCACAAGAUCGCAUACAACUAUGGCGCGUGUUAUUGGUUCGAUCGGUCGCCCAGCCAGCAAUGGUCCAGAGCUGCCAGCCUUGAAAUCGCUCUGCCUAUCAACAAGGGCCCCUGCGAUGCACGAAACUCGGAACUCCAUCCAAGACACAAAAUCUAUCAGCCAUCUGCUCCCGGUGGCGGACAUUUGGUUCUCUUAGCCCAAGUCUGCCACUUCUCUAUCCUUGAAAAUUUAACUGGCGUUACGACUUGA